AAUUGGAGCCCCAUGGAUGAAGGGUACUUUUCUGCCCCUGAACUGCCCUCGCUGCCGCUUUGGUAAAGGCUUGCAACGAAAGGGAGUAACAGCCACUGGCGGAUCCAGUUUGUGAAAGCACCAUCAGCAAUGGAUGAGACCUCCCCCAGGCUGGAAGAAGACUGGAAAAAAGGCCUUCAGCGAGAAGCGAGCUGGCAGUGUGCUGCUCUGGUUGGUGAAGACCAGCCUCUUUGCCCAGAUCUUCCUGAACUUGACCUUUCUGAACUAGACGUGAACGACUUGGAUACAGACAGCUUUCUGGGCGGACUCAAGUGGUGCAGUGACCAAUCAGAAAUAAUAUCCAAUCAGUACAACAAUGAGCCUUCAAACAUAUUUGAGAAGAUAGAUGAAGAGAACGAGGCGAACUUGCUAGCAGUCCUCACAGAGACACUGGACAGUCUCCCUGUGGAUGAAGACGGAUUGCCCUCAUUUGACGCGUUGACAGAUGGAGAUGUGACCACGGAGAACGAGGCUAGUCCUUCCUCCAUGCCUGACGGCACCCCUCCGCCUCAGGAGGCAGAAGAGCCGUCUCUACUUAAGAAGCUCUUACUGGCACCAGCCAACACUCAGCUAAGUUAUAAUGAAUGCAGUGGUCUCAGUACCCAGAACCAUGCAAACCAUAAUCACAGGAUCAGAACAACCCCUGCAGUUGUUAAGACUGAGAAUUCAUGGAGCAAUAAAGCGAAGAGCAUUUGUCAACAGCAAAAGCCACAAAGACGUCCCUGCUCGGAGCUUCUCAAGUAUCUGACCACAAACGAUGACCCUCCUCACACCAAACCCACAGAGAACAGGAACAGUAGCAGAGACAAAUGCACCUCCAAAAAGAAGUCCCACACACAAUCGCAGUCUCAACAUUUACAAGCCAAACCAACAACUUUAUCUCUUCCUCUGACCCCAGAGUCACCAAAUGACCCCAAGGGUUCCCCAUUUGAGAACAAGACUAUUGAACGAACCUUAAGUGUGGAACUCUCUGGAACUGCAGGCCUAACUCCACCCACAACUCCUCCUCAUAAAGCCAACCAAGAUAGCCCUUUCAGGACUUCUCCGAAGCUGAAGUCCUCUUGCAAGACUGUGGUACCUCCGCCGUCCAAGAAGCCCCGGAACAGUGAGCCUUCGGGCGCCCAAGGCAAUAACUCCACCAAGAAAGGGCCCGAGCAGUCUGAGCUGUACGCGCAGCUCAGCAAGACCUCCGUGCUCACCAGUGGACACGAGGAAAGGAAGGCCAAGCGGCCCAGUCUACGGCUGUUUGGUGACCAUGACUAUUGUCAGUCAAUUAAUUCCAAAACAGAAAUACUCAUUAAUCUAUCACAGGAGCUCCAAGACUCUAGACCACUAGAAUAUAAAGAUGUCUCCUCCGAUCGGCAGGGGCAAAUUUGCUCUUCCACAGAUUCAGACCAGUGCUACCUGAGAGAGACUUCGGAGGCGGGCAAGCAGGUCUCUCCUUGCAGCACCAGAAAACAGCUCCAAGACCAGGAAAUCCGAGCCGAGCUGAACAAGCACUUCGGUCAUCCCAGUCAAGCUGUUUUUGACGACGAAGCAGACAAGACCAGUGAACUGAGGGACAGUGAUUUCAGUAAUGAACAAUUCUCCAAACUACCUAUGUUUAUAAAUUCAGGACUAGCCAUGGAUGGCCUGUUUGAUGACAGCGAAGAUGAAAAUGAUAAACUGAACUACCCUUGGGACGGCACGCAGUCCUAUUCAUUGUUCGGUGUGUCGCCUUCUUGCUCUUCUUUUAACUCUCCAUGUAGGGAUUCCGUGUCACCACCCAAAUCCUUAUUUGCUCAAAGACCCCAAAGGAUGCGCUCUCGUUCAAGGUCCUUUUCUCGACACAGGUCGUGUUCCCGAUCACCAUAUUCCAGGUCAAGAUCAAGGUCCCCAGGCAGUAGAUCCUCUUCAAGAACUCGCAAAAGUCUCUCCUUACUCCCACCCCCUCCCCAGGAAGAACGCCGUGUGAUUUACGUUGGUAAAAUCAGACCUGACACGACACGGACGGAACUGAGGGACCGUUUUGAAGUUUUUGGUGAAAUUGAGGAGUGCACAGUAAAUCUACGGGAUGAUGGAGACAGCUAUGGUUUCAUUACCUACCGUUAUACCUGUGAUGCUUUUGCUGCUCUUGAAAAUGGAUACACUUUGCGCAGGUCGAAUGAAACUGACUUCGAGCUGUACUUUUGUGGACGCAAGCAAUUUUUCAAGUCUAACUAUGCAGACCUAGAUUCAAACUCAGAUGACUUUGACCCUGCUUCCACCAAGAGCAAGUAUGACUCUCUGGAUUUCGAUAGUUUACUGAAAGAAGCUCAGAGAAGCUUGCGCAGGUAACAUGUUCCCUGGCUGAAGAUGACAGAGGGACGGUGAAUACCUCACGGGACAGCGCGUCCUUCCCUAACUGACUAUCGCAAGUCAUGCUUAGGAAUUUCUCCUACUUUACACUCUCUGUAUAAAAACAAAACAAAACAACAACAAUACAACAAGAACAACAACAAAGGUUUACAUGAACACAGCUGCUGAAGAGGCAAGAGACAGAAUGGAUGGAUAUCCAGUAAGCACAUGUUUAUUCAUGGGUGUCAGCUUUGCUUUCCCUGGAGUCUCUUGGUGAUGGAGUGUGUGCGCGCGCAUGUGUGCGCGUGUGUGUGUGCGUGUGUGUGUGCGUGUGUGUGUGCGCGCAUGCGCACGCCUGGUUGGGGGGGAAUAUGUAUACACAGGUGGGGACUGGGGGCACCGGUACCAGAGUGUGCCAGGGCAAACCACUUCAAAUGGCAGCAGUUCCAUGAAGACACAUUUAAAACCUAGAACUUCAAAAUGUUCGUAUUCUAUUCAAAAAGAAAAAAAAUGCAUAAAUUCAAAAGGAAAGAAAACUAACCAACCAACCACAAACCACCCUAAAAUGACAGCCACUGAUGUCUGGGCAUCAACCUCCGUACUGUGUUUUUUAAGAAAGUGCAAAAUCGACUUGAAGCAAGCUUUCUCUCAUAACAUAAUGGUUAUAUGACAAUCCCGAAGAAACCACAGGUUCUGUAGAACUAAUAUCCUUUCUCUCUCUCUCUUUCUCUCUCCCUCACUCUCUCUGUCCGCUUCCCUCUCUUUCUCCCUCUCCUUCACUCCCCCACUCUCUCCUCCUUUCUCUGUCUCUUUCUGUCACUCGUUCUGUCUCUCUUUUUCUUCUUUUUUCCUUUUGCCAUGGAGUCUGGGUGGGAGAGGACACUGCGGGCAGCGGAAUGCUAAACUUUCCUAACAUUUUGAAGUUUCUGUAGUUCAUCCUCUAUCCUGACACCCAUGUAAAUGUCCAAAAUGUUGAUCUUCCACUGCAAAUUUCAAAAGCCUUGUCAAUGGUCAAGCGAGCAGCUUGUUCAGCGGUCCUUUCUGAGGAGCGGGCACGGUGUUACAUUACUAAUGAGAGUUGGGUAGAACUCUCUGGUAUGUGUUCAGAUAGUGUAAUUGCUACAUUCUCUGAUGUAGUGAAGUAUUUACAGAUGUUAAAUGGAGUAUUUUUAUUUUGUGUACAUACUAUACAACAAAGUUCUUUUUUGUUACAGCUAUGCACUGUAAAUGCAGCCUUCUUUUCAAAACUGCUCAAUUUUUCUUAAUCAAGAAUAUUCAAAUGUAAUUACGAGGUGAUACAAUUAUUGUACACUCACAUAUUUAGAAGCUGAACUUACUGCUUAUAUAUAUUUGAUUGUAAAAACAAAAAAGACAGUGUGUGUGUCCGUCGAGUGCAAGAACAAAAUGAUGCUUUACGCAUAUCCAUCCCUUCUUAGAUGAGCUUCAAUCUAAGCAUCUUGUCAAGAAAUAUCCUAGCCCCUAAAGGUAUUAACCACUUAUGCGAUAUUUUUCCACAUUUUCUUGUUGCUUGUUUUUCUUUGAAGUUUUAUACACUGGAUUUGUUAGGGGAAUGAAAUUUUCUCAUCUAAAAUUUUUCUAGGAGAUAUCAUGAUUUUAUGUAAAGUCUCUCAAUGGGUAACCAUUAAGAAAUGUUUUUAUUUUCUCUAUCAACAGUAGUUUUGAAACUAGAGGUCAGAAAUCUUUUUAAAAUGCUGUUUCGUUUUAAUUUUUGUGAUUUUAAUUUGAUACAAAAUGCUGAGGUAAUAAUUAUAGUAUGAUUUUUACAAUAAUUAAUGUGUGUCUGAAGACUAUUCUUGAAGCCAGUAUCUCUUUCCCUUGGCAGAGUAUGAUGAUGGUAUUUAUCUGUAUUUUUUACAGUUAUGCAUCCUGUAUAAAUACUGAUAAUUCAUUCCUUUGUUUACUAAAGAGACAUAUUUAUCAGUUGCAGAUAGCCUAUUUAUUAUAAAUUAUGAGAUGAUGAAAAUAAUAAAGCCAGUGGAAAUUUUCUUCCUAGGAUGCAUGGCAAUUGUCAGGUUGGAGUUGAAAUGUUUCAUUUGGGAAAUUCAGCUUUUGCAGAAGCGGUGUUUCUACUUGCACUAGCUUGGCCUCUGACGUGACCAUGAUGUUGUUCUUGAUGACAUUGCUUCUGCUAAAUUCAAUAAAAACUUCAGAAAAACCUCCAUUUUGAGCAUCAGGAUUUCAUCUGAGUGCGGAGCCCUGGAAUGGAAGUCAGUAAAGUUUGGAGUGUGUAUUCAAGUUUCUAAAUUGAGAUUCGAUUACAGUUUGGCCGACAUGACUUUUCUGGAAGAUGUGAGAUACCUACUCCUUAAUCGUUCUUUUCCUUUCUCUCGCCCAACACAAUCUUAUAAAACGGAUUUCACCCCCAGGCCAAUGCAGCUAAUUUUGGUAGCUGCAUUCAUUUAUCACCAGCAUAUUGUGUUCUGAGUGAAUCCACUGUCUGUCCUGUCGGAUGCUUGCUUGAUUUUUUGGCUUCUUAUUUCUAAGUAGAUAGAAAGCAAUAAAAAAAAAAUAUGAAAUAAAAGAACUUGUUCACAGGUUCUGCGUUACGGCAGUAACAUAUCUUUAAUCCGCCUAAUUCUUGUUGUUCUGUAGGUUAAAUGCAGAUAUUUUAACUCUGUGUGAACGCCAAACUAAAGUUUACAGUCUUUCUUUCGGAAUUUUGAGUAUCUUCUGUUGUAGAAUAAUAAUAAUAAAAAAGACUAUUAAGAGCAAUAAAUUAUUUUUAAGAAAUCAAUAUUUAGUAAAUCAUAUUAUGUGUUCAAGGACCAGAUGCGUUCUCUACUUUGCCUUUAAAUUUUUGUGAUCCAAUUUUAAAUACAUUCUCCUUUUUGCCCUGGAUGUUGACAUGAGUAAAAUACUUGGUUUCUUUUCUUACUUAUCAAAAGACAACACUACAGAUUUCAAGUUGAGGAUUAAUUUAUCCCCACUCUGGCCUGACAAAUAUUGUUACCAUGAAGAUAGUUUUCCUCCAUGGACUUCAAAUCGCAUCUAAAAUUAGUGCAAAGAGAGAAUCACUAACCCAUCUGAAUAGAGCUUUUUGUAUCUUAUGCAGACCCUGUGGGUAGCCCAUCAAAAUGUAAACUGUGUUCCUUUUAUUUUUAUUUUUAAUUUUUUUUUUUUGGAGAGAAUAUUUCAAAUGAACACAUGCACCCCUUCAUCACUGGAGGCAAAUUUCAGCAUAGAACUGUAGGAUUUUUAGAUGACCGCAGGCCAAUGCCUUCACGCUGUGGUAAGUACCACAUCUACAAUUUUGGUGACCGAACUGGUGCUUUAGAAAUGUGGGGUUUUGUGUUUUUGUUUUUUUAAAGAGAUGUAGCGGAAUAAUUCUUCCAGUGCAACAAAAUCAAUUUUUGCUAAACGACUCCGAGAACAACGCGGUUGGGCUGUCAACAUUCAAAGCAGCAGAGAGGGAACUUUGCACUAUUGGGGUAUGAUGGUUGGGUCAGUUGAAAAAAGGAAACCUUUUCAUGCCUUUAGAUGUGAGCUUACAGUAGGUAAUGAUUAUGUGUCCUUUUUUGAUGGCUGUAACGAGAACUUCAAUCACUGUAGUCUGAGACCUGAUCUAUAGGUGACCUAGAAUAGCCAUGUAAUAUAAUGUGAUGAUUCUAAAUUUGUACCUAUGUGACAGACAUUUCCAAUAAUGUGAACUGCUGAUUUGAUGGAGCUACUUUAAGAUUUGUAGGUGAAAGUGUAACACUGUUGGUUGAACUAUGCUGAAGAGGGAAAGUGAGCGAUUAGUUCAGCCCUUGCCGGGCUUUUUUUUUCCACCUGCCAAUUCUACAUGUAUUGUUGUGGUUUUAUUCAUUGUAUGAAAAUUCCUGUGAUUUUUUUUUUUAAAUGUGCAGUACACAUCAGCCUCACUGAGCUAA